AUUAAAUGGUUAGGCCCUAAUUUGGUUUAUUUUGGUAGACAAGGGCAGACGGUCUAGUUUCAGUUGUUUUUGGGACGAAAUGGCAAGGUUUUUGAGAGCUGAUGUUAGGAGUCUCCUCACCACACAGCUAAGGAUGGCAUCUGACCAGCUGGGUGAGUUGGGCAAAGGUGCAGGGAAAGGAGGUGGUGGCGGAGGAUCUGUCAGAGAGGCAGGAGGAGCCCUCGGAAAGAAACAGGCAGCAGAGGAGGAAAUGUACUUCCGGCGUAAAGAGCAAGAACAGUUGGCUGCACUAAAGCAGCAUCACCAAGAGGAGAUUGACCACCACAAGAAGGAGAUAUCGAGGCUGCAGAGUGAGAUUGACCGUCACAAGGGAAAAAUUAGGAAACUGAAGCAUGAUGACUGAGACUCACUCCAUUAGAAUAAAGGCCAGCGAUUCUCUAUUGCCAAAUCCUAGUCAUCACCUGCACUGUCUCUGGGCAGCUCUGUGUAUAUGUGAUUGAUUGUUCUGUAUAUGCUUGAGGUUAUUAAACAUUUAUUUGAAAUGGUUAUUACUUUCAAUUAUUGUUUGUGAUAAAAUUAAGAUUUGAGAUGUGGGGUGCCAUUAUGGAGGAUGACUGUUUGCCGCAUUACAGAAGGAUGAUUACAGCUAGUGUAGUUGUACUGUCUAAAUGGAUUCUGGCAAUAUGAAUGGCAAAGAGAAGACUAAAUUUGAUGCCAUGUCUUUUGAAACUUAUCCCAUGAAUUGGUGUCUGUACACAACUCUCUGUUUUGCCAGUGCCAUAACAUCCUCCAUUGAAGAAACAAUCAUGCAACAUUGCUAAUUGAAGGUGAUACCAGCUAUUACCAUCAGGCCGCAGAUACAGAUCCCAUGUACACAAAUCCACCAGAGCACAGAAAUCCCCCCCCAUUAACCUUAUCCACAUGUUGUAAUAUUGUUUGAUUUUCAUUGUAUUGAUGCUGUGCUGUUGCUAUGCAAGACAUUUCCUGAAAGAGACACAAUAGUGUAAUAACAUAUUGACACAUGUAAUAAAGCAUUCACUGACUGUU